CAGCUGCUCAUCCACCCCCACCUUCGUCCACCGAGGAUCGACCGUGAAUCUCUGCUUGUCGAGAUAAAACUCAGCACCUGAAUUGCCCAGCCGUGUUGCAAUCGGGGCUUCCAGCACCCCGGGGUUGAUCCGCCCGAAUUUCGGCGCUGCCACCUACCCACCCUCCGAAAACGAGGAAGCAGCCUGAGCGGAUCGCGUCCCGACAUACCCUAUGGUCAACAUGAUGGAGGACUUCAACAGUGAGACUGAUAGUGAUUACACAAGCUACUGGAGAGACUGGUUUGUCUCGUCGCGGGGAAAUGAAUACUUCUGCGAAAUCGAUGAGGAUUACCUGACAGACCGGUUCAACCUCACGGGCUUGAACACCGAGGUCGCCUACUACCAAUAUGCUCUAGACCUGGUGACCGACGUUUUCGACCUUGAUGCCGACGAUGACCUGCGGGAGCAAAUCGAGAAAUCGGCUCGUCAUCUCUAUGGCCUAGUCCAUGCUCGAUACAUCGUUACUACACGCGGUCUUGCAAAGAUGCUUGACAAAUACAAGAAAUGCGACUUUGGCAAGUGUCCCCGCGUGCUUUGCGACGGACACCCUCUCUUGCCCAUGGGCCAACAUGACCUCCCCAACAUGAGCACUGUCAAGCUCUACUGCCCUAAAUGUGAAGACAUCUACAACCCCAAAUCCUCCCGCCACGCCUCCAUCGACGGUGCUUACUUCGGCACGUCCUUCCACUCCAUCCUAUUCCAGGUGUACCCUGCCCUCAACCCUGAGAAGAGCCUGCGCCGCUAUGAACCCAGGAUCUACGGCUUCAAGGUCCACGCCGCAGCCGCUCUCGCGCGCUGGCAAGAUUGCUGCCGCGAGGACAUGCAAGACCGCCUCGCUGAAUUCGGCAUGGCCCACAAGUUCGUCGAAGAAAGCGACAGCGAGGAGGAGAACUUCGAGUAUGGCGAGGAGAACGAGCCCGUCAAGACUGAGAAGAUCGCUGGCGACGCGGCAUCGGGUCGCAUGGAUCUGGGCAACUGAUUAGCGGCCCCAUCAUACAGUGGUACUGGAUCUUACACGAGCAAACAUUUUGGCGUAACGAGGAAAUUCUUUUUUCCUGUGCUUUGAUCUUCCGUGGUAUGCUUAACGAUUAAUGGCGUUUCCAAGGCCCAUAUGGCGUGCCUUGUAGUUGUUCUUCCCGACAAUGUAUCUACAUCAUUCCCCCUACUCUUCCGUGUAAGCUCCCUUGUGGAGAUACGAAAUAAAGGAAAUAAAGGAAC